GAUUGAUUUUUUUAUACGAGAGGGAGGUUUGAACUCCCAACUUCUUAAAGAAUGAGAGUGCACGGCCACUCACGCCAACUAAGCUGGUGAGGUGUCGGCAUUACACAACUGAGCAAAAAUCGAUUGCAAAAACGAAGAAGCCGUGAAGACUAGCAGGCUACUACACCAUCGGAAGCUAUGGCCGACGCAACACCUCGGAGAAGUCAACGGCAUGCGUCCAUGAUAGCGACGAGUAGAAUCUGUAAGAAUAUGUUAAUUUUUAUUAUUAAUUUUUUUUUUAUUGAAUGCCUGUAAUAUGAGAUUGAAUGUUUGUGGAAUUGCAUGUUUGUUGUCAUUGCUGUAAUAUGAGAUCGAAAGCGUGCCGGAACCGUCACCAGGAAAUUUACGCUUUUAAGAAAACCUUUCGCAGUCUAAGGAACAAGAAAGUGAAAAACAUGCAUAUUCCAAAAUCCGAUUGCAUCGCUGAUGCAUAUUCGCUGUUGCUGCUGCCAUCAAGACACUGCUGCCACUGCCAGAAUUUUGUUGUUAACUGCCAUGGCUUCUAUGGUGAUCAAGAUUCGCAAAUGCCGCAAACUCCAACUUACGAUGUUGCAGCUGCUCAACCGUCGGAUCUCCGCAUCGUAGCACAUCUAGUUGGCGUGUUGGCUGCAUAUUCUGUUCACGCAGAUUUCAUCCACCUUCUUCAGGUUCCAGUACAAUUAAGCUUGGGAAUAUGAAGUGUUGUGCUGAUCAAAGUAGAGACUAUGUUGUCUUCCUUGAUUGCCAACUUCAACGUCAUAACCUCAGAGGCCAUUAUGUUGUCUAAGCUAAGUAUUAUGCAUUU